CAGCAGAUCCCUCGCCAUGGAACAGCGCAGAGUACUGCCCACCCAGGCUACUACCGUCCUUACCACUGGGGCCGGAGUUCCCGUGGGUGACAAGCUUAACAUCCUAACGGCCGGCCCUAGGGGGCCACUGUUGGUGCAGGAUGUGGUGUUCGCAGAGGAGAUGGCGCAUUUUGACCGGGAGAGGAUCCCUGAGAGAGUGGUACAUGCUAAAGGUGCAGGAGCCUUCGGGUAUUUUGAAGUCACUGACGACAUUACGAAAUACACCAAGGCCAAAGUGUUUGACCGAAUCGGAAAGAAAACAGACAUUGCUGUGAGAUUCUCUACUGUAGCUGGUGAAUUGGGCUCCGCUGACACCGUCCGUGAUCCACGAGGAUUUGCGGUGAAGUUCUACACAGAGGAUGGCAUUUGGGACCUAGUGGGCAACAAUACCCCCAUUUUCUUCAUCAGGGACCCUUUUCUGUUUCCGUCCUUCAUUCACAGUCAGAAGAGGAACCCGCAGACAAAUUUGAAAGACCCUGAUAUGGUGUGGGACUUCUGGAGCCUCCGUCCCGAGUCUCUGCACCAGGUGUCCUUCCUGUUCAGCGACCGCGGCCUUCCGGAUGGAUUCAGGUUCAUGAAUGGAUAUGGAUCACAUACCUUCAAGCUGGUGAAUGCACAAGGGAAGGCAGUGUACUGCAAAUUCCACUACAAGACUGACCAAGGUAUCAAGAAUCUGACAGUGGAGGAAGCAGACAGGCUGGUGGUGAAGGACCCAGAUUAUGCCACCCGGGACCUCUUCCAGGCUAUUGCCAAGAAGACCUUCCCAUCCUGGACAAUGUAUAUCCAGGUCAUGACCUUUGAGCAAGCAGAGAAAUGUUCUUUUAAUCCCUUUGACGUGACCAAAGUCUGGUCUCACAGCGAGUACCCGCUGAUCCGCGUGGGAAGGUUUGUGCUGAACAGAAACCCAGAAAACUACUUUGCUGAAGUGGAGCAGAUCGCCUUUGAUCCCAGCAACAUGCCCCCCGGCAUCGAGCCGAGCCCGGAUAAAAUGCUGCAGGGCCGUCUGUUCUCCUACCCGGACACGCACAGGUACCGCUUGGGGCCCAAUUAUUUGCACAUCCCAGUUAACUGUCCUCGGACAGCCAAUGUCUGUCACUACCAGAGGGACGGUCCAAUGUGCAUGUUCGCCCAGCCAAGCCACUUGCCAAACUAUUAUCCGAACAGCUUUACAUCUCCACGAGAGUCGCCCAAGCACAAGGAAAGCACUUUCUUAUCUUCUGGAGAUGUCGACCGCCAUGACAGCUGUGUGGAGGAUAACGUAACCCAGGUGAGAGAUUUCUACAGAAAAACCCUGAGCCCAGAAGAGCGCCAGAGACUGUGUGAGAAUAUCGCCGGUCACCUACAGGAUGCCCAGCUCUUCAUUCAACAGAGAGCGGUGAAAAACUUCAGCGACAUUGACCCAGACUACGGCUCCCGGAUUCAGGCCCUUCUGGAUGAGUACAAUGCAGCAAGUGGAAAAAAGGAACCCCUUCAUAAUUACACUCGUCAUGUGUCCCCCAAGACACAGUAGGGGACAGGACACCUAUACAGGCGGAGGAAGGAAGGGAUACGU